AAUGUGACCGUGGCCCAGGGCAGGGAGGCCAUCUUGACCUGCAGUGUGGAGCGCCUGGGGCCCUACAAGGUGGGCUGGCUGAAGGCCGACACCCAGACCAUCCUGACGCUGCACAAGCGCACCAUCACGACCAACCGGCGCAUCUCGAUGACGCACGACCAGCACCGCGCCUGGAGCCUGCACGUGCGACGCGCGCAGCCCUCCGACGGCGGCUGCUACAUGUGCCAGAUCAACACGGUGCUGAUGAAGAAGCAGAUCGGCUGCAUCGCCGUGCGAGUCCCGCCGAUGUUCGACAACGCCGGCACGAGCCGUGACGUCAGCGUCCACGCGGCCGCGGCGCCGCACGCGCACCUCCAGACGGCGGAGCUGCAGGGUGAGCGGCUCCACCUGGUGCAUGUGACGCGCCACCACUCGGGCGCGUACCUCUGUAUCGCCAGCAACGAGGUGCCGCCGGCCAUCAGCAAGAGGAUCAUGGUGAACGUGGCCUUCGCGCCUGUGGUGCGCAUCUCCAGUCAGAUGCUGGGGGCGCCGCGCGGCUCGGAUGUCACGUUAGAGUGUCAGAUCGAGGCCUCCCCCUUGCCGUCCACCUACUGGCUGAAGGGCGGCCUGGCGCUGGACACGGACGAGUUGAAAUAUGUGAUGCGGGAAACGCAUAGCGGCCACAAAACGCACGUGGCCCUGCGGAUCCGGGACUUCCAGCCCGGCGACGCCGGCCUGUACACGUGCAUCGCCAGCAACGCCAUCUCUCGGGCCGAGGGAUACGUUCGGCUUAGCGAGGUGGCGCGACCGACGGCGCCACCGUCGCGGCAGGCCAUCUUGACGCCGGCGCCGCGCCGGCCAGAGCAGCGGCGCCGGCCAAGCGUGGUCACCAAGCGGCCACAGCCGUCACCAAGAGGCCGCACCCCAGCAGCCGCCAGCACCACCAGCACUAGUACCAGCACCACAGCGGCGCCGCGCCGGCCGGACCCGGCGGCAGGUGGCACGACGGCAGUGGCCGACCGUCUGAGGCCGGCGCUGCUGCUAAUUGUCGCUGUCCGGCUCGCCCUUUUCGCUCCCUGAUCAGCAACCGGCCCUCGCACCAGUUGAACGCUGUCGCACUACCUCCCUGCUCGCCCUCUCAAACGGCUGGUCCCGUCACCUGCGACGAAAGUAGGCAAAUGUUGGCGCUAUAUUAUUUAUUCGGUAUAAGAAUGUCAGCAAUGGGAGGAGGUGGGAGGUCUGUUCAAACAAAACGUACCGUGAAAGAUCAGACUACUGCCCAGCUGAAAUUGCGUGAUGCAUUUCGAGAUGUUCUUUAUAACCAUAUUCAAUUCGCAUGCAACACCAGGUCACGGCACGAGAGACUGCAAAUGCAAGUUUGUCAGCAGGCAAUAAACGU